AUGGCCGAGGGCCCGCCCGCGCCCGUCUUCACCGGCACCAGCGGCAAGAUCGCCAACGCAUGCGCACACUGCGGCACCGACAAGACCGCCGGCAUCUGGCGCAGGGGCUGGGACGUGGAGGGCGGCGAAUCGGCCAACCUGUGCAACAGAUGUGGCCUGGCCUACAAGAAUGGCAAGGUGAAUCCUGGCAAAAUGGUGGCUUGUAAUGUGGACGACCCCGUGGCAGCGGGCCCAAGGGAGGCAGUCAGGCAGAGCAAGCCUAAGGUGAAGGCUGUCAGGAGUGGGGGCCCUUCCCAAAGGAAAUCUGCACCUGAGCCCAUGGAGCUGCCCAGUUCCUUGCAGCCCCGCACAGCACUAUCUCCUAGUGCCCCAUCGCCAGAUUCAGGCAGCCCUACGCCACUGGCCACGGACAGCCAUGAGCCACCUGAGCUGUCCCUCGGUGUGGUGAAAAACAGGCAGUCCCAGGAGCCCAUUUUGCCACCCGCAGAGUCACGGAAGUAUGAGAGUUUUACCAUGGCCAAGGAGAAUCUUGACAACGGGGUGAGGCAAGUGUCUUUCUACCUGCACGACCGGUUUGGGGGAUCCACGUUGGCGGUGGUGGGAAUUGACACACGUGGCACUGGGCACUUCACCUACAAGUCACAAAUGGGCUUUGAGCCAUACCUGCACGUCACCAAUCGUGGAGAAGUGAUGAAUUGGCUGGCCGAUCAUAUAGCAACCCACAGUGCCAAUUCCAGCCCGCCAUCUCCCCUCCACCCUGCAACGAACCAACCAGUGGACGUUGUUGAGCCAUCCAGUGCACCAUCGAGGCCGGAUCUUGGAGGGAAAUACACAUCGUACAAAGACGAAAGCUACCAGUCUGAAGAUGGCACACACCACCGAGAUUACUACUUGGUGAAUGAGGAAGGGGAUAGGAAGUUGGCGAUCAAGGCCCAGGAUGGGCCUCGGCGAGACAGGCGUUAUGUGUACCGCUCCACAGAAGAGUUUGGGAAUAUAUCGUUCAAGAAUUCAGUGGAGUGUGUGAAGUGGCUGGGGUACAUCCUCGGCAUGAGCGACACACUGCCUCAAAGCAUAAGGAGGAAAAAGAGGGAAUACCAAGCUGUGGCGCUUGAACCCACCGAGGCUCGCUGUCAAGGGAAACGCCAUGCUGCCCGCUUACCCAACGAUGCUGCGCACAGCCGCAAGGGCAGGGACAUCCAGGAGGCUUACCAGGGCGAGCCGCAGAUCUACGAGUGGGUGGUGACCAAGCCCACGGUGGACGUUGUGGGACAGUUCGAGCAGUGGGCCCGAAAGCUGAGCGGCGUCGUCACGGACGACCCACCCAAGGGCAUGGAUGCAUCGACGCAGCAGUGGACCUCCACCCAGGAGGCUGUCCAGAUACUGCAGCUCAUCGACAGCUGUGAGACAUGCUUGCGGCUUCUCGAGGCAACGCGCAUCUCCCGCACCAUGGCGCUGCUGAGGAACCACCAGCACGACGAGCUGGCCAGCCUGGCGCGCAAGGUGUCCUCCAAAUGGAAGAAGACUGCAAACAGGGCGCUCGUUAUAGCACGGCGAACGCUGCAGCAAAUGUACGGAUGA